CAUGUCAUUAAUGUCAACAGUCAGUUGCAGACUAACUCAUUUACAGUGGUAGUAACAGUGUAAGCAUUGCUUCAAAAAAUUGAAACACUGAUUCAAUCAUGGAAAUAACCAAUUAGGCUCUGAAAUCCAAAUUUCAUGUUGAUUAUAAAAACCCUAAAACCCUGAGACGGACCGCCCUCAACAAUCGCGGCUAUCAAUGCAACGCUUUGGUGCGGACUGGACACAGUGCCUGAGACGUUUACACUGGAACAUGUGAAGGUGGGAAGAUUUUGGAAAGUAGAGAGCAUCCAACAAAUUCUGAAGAACAAUGUGGAGGAUCCCAGCGCUAUGGCUUCCGGGGCUACUACUGGCCGUUGAGGUAUGCCACUGUGAAGAUGUGGGGACCAUGCUGUCAUCCGAGGAGGUGCCCAACAUCCCUUUGUCGACCACCGUGACCCGCAGCCAGAUCCUCUCAGCUCAGUUUGAGUGCUACCUGAAGAUCAUCUAUGACCCACCACGCACUGAAGCUGGCACAUUCUGUAACCGCACGUGGGACGGCUGGCUGUGUUGGGAUGACUCUGCACCUGGCACGGCCAUGCAGCUCUGCCCUGUGUACUUCCAGGACUUUGACCCCUCGGAGAAAGCGACUAAAGUAUGCAACUCGGACGGACAGUGGUUUCGUCACCCUGAGAGCAACCGUAUUUGGUCCAAUUACACACAGUGUCAGAUGUACACUAAGGACAAACUGACGUUUGCGUUUAGCUUGUACUACUUGGCCAUUGUGGGACAUGGAUUGUCUGUGGUAUCUCUCAUCAUCUCACUCUGCAUCUUCUCCUACUUCAAGAGUCUGAGCUGCCAGAGGAUCUCCCUCCAUAAGAACAUGUUCCUGUCCUUUAUCUUCAACUCCAUCUGCACCGUCAUCUGGCUCUCUGCUGUAGCCAACAACCAGCAGCUGGGGGCCAGCAACCCUAUUGGAUGCAAGAUUCUGACAGUCUUGAACCAGUAUACAUUUGGAUCCAACUACUUUUGGAUGCUGUGUGAGGGGAUCUACCUGCACACUCUUAUCAUCGUGGCUGUGUUUGUGGGAGAGCAGCAGCUGGGCUGGUACUAUGUCCUGGGUUGGGGCUUCCCCAUCAUUCCUGCCAUCACACAUGCUGUGGCCCGUGGGCUCUUCUAUGAUGACAGAUGCUGGAUCAGUUCUGACACACACCUGCUCUACAUCAUCCAUGGGCCUGUCCAUGCUGCCCUGCUGGUGAACCUGUUCUUCCUGCUCAAUAUAGUGCGUGUGUUGAUCACCAAGCUGCAGGUGACCCACAGUGCAGAGUCUAAUGCCUAUAUGAAGGUGGUGAGAGCUACUCUCAUCCUGAUCCCUCUGCUGGGAGCCCAGUUCAUCCUGGUUCCCUGGAGGCCAGAGGGACGUAAGGCCAGGGCCAUCUACGAGUUCAUCAUGAACAUUUUUGCACAUUUCCAGGGACUGCUGGUCGCAAUUAUAUUCUGCUUUUACAAUGCAGAGGUGCAGGCAUGUCUUAGGAGGAAAUGGUUACAGACUAAGCUGGUGUGGAAAUGGACAGAUUCCUACUCCCACUACCACACCAACUCCUCUGUGACCGAGACGAGUCGUGCUACAGUUAGCCUGGAGCUCACCGCUCCUGAGGGGAACACCAUCAUUAAACCAGGUGGUAGUGUGCACUACCGAGCCAAUGGACAGAGCAACGGCAAACGCUGCACCAACGGGGAGAUGGACACGCCCAGGAUCCUGGAGACCACGGACAUCUGAUAGCACAGCACUGUCACUUCCCAUAGGCACCAUCACAUGAUGCUGUGACAAACAGGCUCACUAAACUCACAGAUUGGCCACAGACAAUUGAUCAAUGCAGAAAAUGGGGUGCCAUGACCUUUUGUGUUAUUGUAAAUGUUGGAUCACACACGUGGUAAGAAUAUACACACACAAAUGUGUACAAGAUACACAUGCAAACACAUACAAAAACACAUAUACAGACAUCUGAUAAUGAAUGAGCAGCUUACAGGGUCCAGUUGAAACCUUACAGACAAUUAUUUGCCACCAGAUGUAUAUACAUUUCACGGUAGCUUUUCAUUGUUGCUGAUUUUGGCCUUAGGCACGAGAUAUUAUGGAACAAUCCCAGUGAUAACAUGACCCAAUAAAGAGGGUUAUCUCUGGCAAUGUUUAUUGGCCUUCAGUGCCAAUCAGUGUCUGAUGUAAUCAAUUCCUGUGGGCCUAUUGGACAGUAUAUACAGUGGCAAGAAAGUAUGUGAACCCUAUACGUUUGUCUUUAUUUUACACACUGUGUAAACAUUCACAGUGCAGGGUGGGAAAAGUAUGUGAUCCCUUGGAUUUAAUAACUGGUUUACCCUCCUUUGGCAGCAAUAACCUCAACCAAACGUUUUCUGUAGUUGCGGAUCAGAUCUGCACAACAGUCAGAAGGAAUUUUGGCCCAUUCUUUACAGAACUGUUUCAGUUCAGCAAUAUUCUUGAUGUCUGGUGUGAACUGCUCAAAGUCAUGCCACAGCAUCUCAAUCGUGUUGAGGUCAGGACUUCUGUUGAACCCAUUCUAUUGCUGAUUUACUUAUGUUUUGGGUCAAUGUCCUAUUUCAUCACCCAACUUCUUCUAUUGAGCUUCAAUUGGCAGACAGAUAGCCUUACAUUCUCUGGCAAAAUGUCUUGAUAAACUUGGGAAUACAUUCUUCCGUCGACUAUAGCAAGCUUUCCAGGCCCUGAGGCAGCAAAGCAGCCCCAACCAUGAUGCUCCCUCCACCAUACUUUACAGUUGGGAUGAGGUGUUGGUGUGCUGUGCCUUUAUUUUCUCUUGACACAGUGGUGCAUGUGUGUUCCUUCCAAACAACUCAACUGUAGUUUCAUCUGUCCACAGAAUAUUUUGUCAGUAGCGCUGUGGAACAUCCAGGUGCACUUUUGCAAACUUCAGACUUGCAGCAAUGUUUUUUUUUGGACAGCAGUGACUUCUGCUGUGGUGUCCUCCCAUGAACACCAUCCUUGUUUAGUGUUUUACGUAUCGUAGACUCGUCAACAGCGAUGUUAGCGUAUUCCAGAGAUUUUUGUAAAUCUUUAGCUGACUCUCUAGGAUUCUUCUUAACCUCAUUGAGCAUUCUGUGGUGUGCUCUUGCAGUCAUCUUUGCAGGAUGGCCAUUCCUAGGGAGAGUAGCAACAGUUCUGAACUUUCUCCAUUUAUAGACAAUUUGUCUUACCGUGGACUGAUGAACAUCAAGGCUUUUAGAGAUACUUUUGUAACCCUUUCCAACUUUAUGUAAGUCAACAAUUCUUAAUAUUAGGUCUUCUGAGAUCUCUUUUGUUCGAGACAUGGUUCACAUCAGGCAAUGCUUCUUGUGAAUAGCAAACUCAAAUUUUGUGAGUUUUUUUUAUAGGGCAAGGCAGCUCUGACCAACAUCUCCAAUCUCGUCUCAUUGAUUGAACCCCAGGUUAGCUGACUCCUGACUCCAAUUAGCUUUUGGAGAAGUCAUUAGCCUAGGGGUUCACAUACUUUUUCCAACCUACACUGUGACUGUUUAAAUUAUGUAUUCAAUAUAGACAAGGAAAAAUACAAUUUGUGUUAUUAGACACUAUGUAUGUAUAUUGUUAGGACUUAGAUGAAGAUCAGAUCAAAUUUGAUGGCCAGUUUAUGGUGAAAUCCAGGUAAUUCCGAAGGGUUCACAUACUUUUUCUUGAAUUUUUGGUGUCGUUUAAUUUAUCUUAUUUUAUUACUCUGACACUGCUAAGGCUAUAUUGUAAAGGUUUGGAUCAGUAUUUUCUAUGUCACUUUAAUGAUGUGGAACUUAUUAUAUAAAUGUGUUACAUAAUCUUGCCUUUUUAAAAACAUGAAAUGACUACUUAACUUGGCAUAGUUCUGACUGCUGAAUGUUAAGUUCUCUGAGGCAAGUAAGAUGACAGUGUAUAAGGAAUACAACACAAUGAGGAAAAGUCUGGCUGUGGCCUUUCAAUCUCUAAUAGGGCAUCCCUCAUCACAGGUUCUACUAUGUCUGACACAACACUUUUUAUCCAGUGUUACUUUCUUAUGCUUUAGCAGAUCUUGUAUAUUGAGUUGCUACACACAAUCUUUGAAAAAUCAAAGAGGAUACAUGUAUUAUACCGCUGAGCUGCAGUUGAACUGUGCAUACUCUGUAUGGGUGUAGUGGGGAGAAUUUACUAUGCAGUGUAUGAAAAACAUUCCACUUUAACUUCCAAAUGACUUAUGUUGUGUUUUAAGUGUAAAAAAAAUGUAAUAAUAAUUUAAUAAAUGUUUAUUAUUUUG